AUGGCGUCCAGCUCGAGCUCGUUGAGGAUACCGGUAAUGUGCACCGUGCUCCUGUUGCUGCUGUCCGCCGUCCGGUGCUGCGAGGCCGACGCCGACCUCGUGCAGGUGAAGACCGUCGGCGUCGGUCGAAGAAUGCUGAUCGACGGGGGCAAUGGCGCCGUCGUCUUCUCGCGGCCGGUAGACUCUGAUCACUUGUCAGCUGGGAGAGCGGCGAUGCCGUACUCUGAGUCGAAGAGGACCAGCCCCGGCGGCCCGGACCCUCAGCACCAUUAA